AGCAACACAGAGAUUCCAGAAGAGAAAGGAAACAAAUAAUUCCAAAAACCUUCUCUCCUAAUCGCAAUCAUCAAGAACCUUGCAAGAUCUGGUUUAGAAAGACCAUGGAAGAAGGAGAUUUGUUCAAUUGCUGCUUCGGCGAGAUUAAUAGUGGCGGCGUGACCAUGAAUAAGAAGAAGAUGAAGAAGAGCUAUAACCAGAAGAGGUUCAGUGAGGAACAGAUCAAGUCACUUGAGCUUAUAUUUGAGUCUGAGACGAGGCUGGAACCGAGGAAGAAGGUGCAGGUUGCUAGAGAGCUAGGGUUGCAACCUAGACAAGUGGCUAUAUGGUUUCAGAACAAGAGGGCUCGUUGGAAAACUAAGCAACUUGAGAAAGAGUUUAACAUUCUCAGAGCCAGUUACAACAAUUUGGCUUCACAAUUUGAUAUCAUGAAGAAAGAAAAGCAAGCUUUGGUCUCUGAGUUGCAGAGACUAAAUGGAGAGAUGCAAAAGCCUAAAGAAAAAAGGGAUCAUGAGUGUUGUGGUGAACAAGGAGUGGCUCUAAGCAGCAGCACAGAGUCACAUAAUGGAAAGUGUGAGCCAGAAGUGAGGUUAGAUAGUGAAGGGAUUGUUCUGUGUAAUGAUGGUGACAACAACAACAACAUCAUCAAAACAGAGUAUUUUGGGUUCGAGGAAGAGACUGACCAUGAGUUCAUGAGCAUUGUCGAGAAACCUGAUGAUAGUUGCUUGACAUCUUCUGAUAACUGGGGAGGUUUCAAUUCUGAUUCUCUCUUAGACCAAUCUAGCAGCAGUUACCCUAAUUGGUGGGAGUUUUGGUCAUAAAAACAUACAAGAAAUAAACAAAACAUAAGUGAAGAGAAAAAAAAAGAGUGUGGAUAGUUUUGUAGAUUAUGCGAAAAGAAAAAAUCAAAUUUUCUUUGGUAGUAUAUUAAAUCUAGUUUCGAUCUAUGUAUUUUACUAUGUUCAAUACUCUUUUGUAGCUAAUAAGUAGUAAAUCCAAGACUUGCAAAUUAUAGUAAACAAACUAGAUCACUGGAGACGAGAUUCAAGAUA